UGAAACUUUUUAUUAAUAAAUACUAAUCAUAUUUGGCACAAUUUUUUGUAAACACUAAUUAUUGUUGAUAAAAUUACCACCAAAUUAAUUUGAACUAUUUUUCAAAAUAAACUGUUCAAUAAUACUUUAUUCAACGAUAACAAGGGAACUUUACUCUAACUAUAUUUAACAGUGUAAACAAAUUUAUGGGAAUUUUAAAAUACUUCAAAGUAUAAAAAAUUAAAUUUAUACUUCUUUUUUUAUUAACACUAUGAAUAUAAAAUGCAUGAAACAGUUGCCUCAAUGAAUAACAGUUACACGCAUGAUUUAGUGGGGCUGCAUGUAGGUUUAAUGCCUAUUAAACCAGAAGCUGUAUACGGUUCUACAAUUGAAUUUAAAUGCGACUACAACCACAGCUAUCCUAUGUUUAUUUACUUCAAAUUGACACCAUAUAAUGGACUGCCAUUGACUGCAUGGGCGAUGGAGCCGGGUCCACAUGUGCCAACUAAUUCUGGAGCAUAUCGAUUGUGGAAUGUUCACAUUGGUCAAUACCCAUGCAGCGUUGAGUGUACUAUCUUGGACCAUCUCGGGAAUGAGUUAGCCAAGCUUUCGACAUCAAUAUUGCCAGGUUUCCUUAAUGAAAGUCACUUGAAAUCGUGUUUGUCUGAGAAACUUUCAUCUGUCACUCAUCGUGAUUGUCUACAGUUCAACAUUGAUUUAAAUUGAAUAACUAUGUCAUUAUUUGUAUUUGUUUAUAUAGGAUAAAUUCAACUUAUUUAGACGAAAAUUUGUGGUUUAAAUGUUAACAACUAUUUUAAUUCCUGUAAUUCUCCAGGUUUUAAAUU